AGUUCGGAUGUAUUGGAGGACAUGCGCAUCAAUGUUUUUGUUGAGGGGUCGGACAAGGUGAUCUGGUAUAAGGCGACUAAACUCACAUGUGUGAAGGAAAGGUUCCUGACAGAUGAUGAAAUCCUCGAACACAUUGUGGACAAUGCUACGUCGACGAUCGCUUGGACAGUCCACCGUCCGAAGCGCGGCUGGUACAUUCGUCUCCGGACGCCCUCCUUUCCCCCCGGAGCGUCCAUACCCCUCCUCCCCCUUCCACAAACCUCUCCUUAUUUUACGGAAGCCGCACUGUCUUUCGCGUGUCGGACGAACCUCCCAUCUCCCCGCCCGCCCAUACUCACGCAACACUCCACCGACUCUGACGUGACACUCACGGACGGCACCGCUCCUCGUGAACGCGAACGGGAACCACACUCAUACCCACCUACACCCCCAACAGGCCCCGUCGUCGUAGUCAACCCCCCGUCGCCCAAGUCGGUCCAUGCCAAGCUCGACUCCGUCUCGCUCUCGCCCCCACGGAUAGCGCGCCGGAUCUCACAACCGACCGUACAGUCCGCCGUGACGCACUUUGUUGUGACUCCCCGCCCAAUCGCGCCCCCAGCCGAGCAAGGGCAGGCCUCCAUCUUCUCUCGGCUCUUUGCCGUCAUCAAGAGCAACGCCCCCGCGCACGACUACUCCUUCACGCUCGCACCUACUCCCAAU